AGGGAAACUGUGUUGUCUAACAACAAAAAAAAACUCAAUCAAGAUGGCCAAGAUGAUGAAGAUGAUGACUACCGCCCCGGUCCCGGUCAUGAAGAAGAUGGCCAUGAAGAAGAUGUCCAUGAAGAAGAUGUCCAUGAAGAAGAAGUAAAUUGCUUCAAGCACCUCUAUUCUUUCAUGAUGACAAUCUGAGAUUGAGGACAUUCUGGCGUUCCUGUCGUUGGUAAAAAGUAUAUUUUGAUUUUCACGACGGUCGAUGUAGCUGAAGCCAGACUUCCAAGUAGUGUAAACUUUUGUCGUAGUAUGCUAGAGUUGUGAACCUACUUGAUACCCCCAGCGCUCCGGCAGAGCAAAUUGCUCGCUAUGAUACAGCCGUAAUUUUGAUCCUGUUCAUUAUGAUAUACUAGAAAAACACGGAAUAGCGAAACUACAAAAACACGAAAUAGCACGCCAUGUAUGAUUUGACUCGAGCCGCAAGGUCGCCUUGCCCCCACCUAAAAUUUUACUUUUCGAUACUGAGCAGAGCUUUAUUGGCUCCUUCUUCUUAGUAAUGUUCGCAAAUUUUCAGUUAAGGUAGUAUGUCUCUUUCGUUCCCUAAACGUUUUUAAGUAAGAUUCAGACAGUGUAGCUUUUUCUCCACUAGUUCGCGUGGCUUUAUCUAUAUAAAAAUCGCGAACUUGAAAACUACUGAUGCAACUUAAGUACUCAGAUCGGUUAUUUUGAAAACCUCACUCUUGUACUGAAAAAACCGUUCUUGCAGUGAGUGCAAAACUCUAAAUCGUUCCUGCAAUACAAACCUUGAAUCACAAGCAUAAAACCUUCGGUAAAAAUUACACUACUCUCGUGGAAAUUUAAAAUCGUCGAUCGUACGGGAGUCGCAAGGGCUACAACUAAACUUUUAUCGUUUUGAUAAAUUGAAAAAUCGCAUGAGAAAUGAUUGGGAUUACGCGUUAGUCGCAUACACAUUUUGUUGCGGAAAGGCGUUCAGCAUCACAAAUUGGACGUUUUUUUAGCAUUUGUAAUGCCAGAGGACCCGUCAUCUUGUAGUAGACCUUGCGCCGAAAGAUAUCACGGUAGGCGAGAGUGCAGGCUUGGUGCGUUUUUCGACCCGUCAUCUAACAGCUCUCGAAAGUCUAAACUGCAUCUACACUAAGUGACAAGAAAAACCGCACGAGAAAAUGGAUGUUUUAGAAAGUUUUGAAAAUAAAAGAGAAAAAGAAAAACGUGACUGAAGAAAGAAAGAAGACGACGAUAAGGACCAUCAUGCUCUUUUAUUCAAAGGCUCUUGCACGGUCACCCACUCUCGUAGUGGUGAGAGAGUCAAAGACCAAGAAACCUCUCG